AUGCCGGUGACCGGAGGGGGAAUCUACCAGGCUGGAGCCUCCUCAUCAGCCUCACCCACAGAGGGAAAACAUGCAAACAUGAAAUCCCAGCCUGACGACGACCACCAGCAGCAGUCUGGCAACGGGUGCGACCACCAGGUUCCAAACCAGAAUCACAGACCACAGAGCGUGGACGGACCUGAGAUGCAGGCUCUGCCCAUGCCGGUCACAGAGCCAACAAUCCAACACACUAAGUUGUUCAUCAACAACGAGUGGCAUGAGUCAUGCAGUGGGAGAAAGAUUCCUGUGUAUAAUCCCGCCACAGGAGAGCUGCUGUGUGACGUGGAGGAGGCUGAUGCAGAAGAUGUUGAUAAGGCAGUGAGGAGCGCCCGCGCCGCCUUCCAGAUUGGGUCACCAUGGCGAUCCAUGGACGCCUCAGACCGAGGUCGUCUUCUUAAUAGACUUGCUGACUUAGUGGAGCGAGAUGGGCUUCUCCUGGCUACCCUGGAGGCUUUGGACUCCGGCAAAGUGUUUCUCAUGGCGUAUUUUGUAGAUCUGAUGGCAACAAUCAAAACUUUGAGAUAUUAUGGAGGUUGGGCCGACAAGGUUCAGGGCAAAACCAUCCCAGUAGAUGGACAGUACUUUACUUACACUCGACAUGAGCCAAUUGGAGUAUGUGGCCAGAUCAUUCCUUGGAACUUCCCAUUGAUGAUGUUUGCAUGGAAGAUUGCUCCUGCUUUGUGCUGUGGGAACACUGUCAUCAUCAAACCUGCUGAACAGACCCCAUUGUCAGCCCUGCACAUGGCUGCACUCAUAAAAGAGGUCGGGUUCCCUCCAGGUGUGGUGAAUGUGGUGCCGGGCUACGGUCAGACAGCUGGCUGUGCCAUUUCUCAUCACAUGGAUAUAGACAAAGUCGCCUUCACCGGAUCUACCGCUGUUGGGAAACUCAUUCAGAAGGCUGCAGGCGACAGCAAUCUGAAGAGAGUUACACUGGAACUCGGCGGCAAAAAUCCCAAUAUUGUCUUUGCAGACUGUGACUUAGAGUACGCGGUGGAGCAGGCCCACAGUGGUCUGUUCUUCAACCAGGGCCAGUGCUGUCUUGCUGGAUCCAGGGUGUUUGUGGAGGAACCGAUCUACGAGGAGUUUGUCCGUCGCAGCGUAGAGAAGGCCACAUCCAAAGUCCUGGGAAACCCACUGCUGCCAGGGGUGGAUCACGGGCCACAGAUUGACCAGAAGCAGUUUGAUAAGAUAAUGGAGCUGAUAGAGAGCGGGAAGAGGGAGGGAGCCACGCUGGAAUGUGGGGGGUCCGCGUGGGGUCAGCAGGGACUUUUUAUCCAACCCACCGUCUUCUCAAAUGUCACAGAUGAUAUGCGCAUCGCCAAAGAAGAGAUUUUUGGUCCAGUGCAGCAGAUCAUGUGCUUCCGUAGCGUCCAUGAAGUCAUCCAGAGAGCCAACGGCACACACUACGGCCUGGCAGCGGGCGUGUUCACCAACGACAUCGACAAAGCCCUGACAGUCUCUUCAGCGCUGCAGGCUGGCAUGGUCUGGGUGAACUGCUACAAUGCCAUGAGCGCUCAGUGUCCGUUUGGUGGCUUCAAAAUGUCCGGCAAUGGGAGGGAGCUGGGGGAAUAUGCUCUUCAGGAGUACACAGAGGUCAAGGCAGUCACCAUCAAAAUCUCACAGAAGAACUCGUAA